AUGCUUCUUAAGAAAUGAAGCGGCCUGUUUCCCUGUAGCAGCUCCCUAUUGCUGGAGAAGGAGAAAAGUGCCCAAGAUCCUUUCAGGAUAUUUGGUUUUUUGGGCGCGACACAAAUCGAGGUGAGGGAAGAGAGAGGAAAAUCCCCUGAAUCCCUGCAGGAUUAAUUUAUUCAAAAAGGAAAUUAAAAAUACUCAAUAUGCAAAAGUCUUGUGAAGAAAAUGAGGGAAAACCACAGAACAUGCCAAAGGCCGAGGAAGAUCGCCCUUUGGAGGAUGUACCACAGGAGGCAGAAGGAAAUCCUCAACCUUCCGAAGAAGGUAUAAGCCAGGAGGCAGAAGGAAACCCCAGAGGAGAGCCGAAUCAACCUGGCCGGGGAUUUAAAGAGGACACACCCGUUAGGCAUUUGAACCCUGAAGAAAUGAUAAGAGGAGUAGGUGAGCUUGAAAGGCUUAGGGAAGAGAUAAGAAGAGUAAGAAACAAGUUUGUGAUGAUGCAUUGGAAGCAAAGACAUUCACGCAGCCGUCCUUAUCCUGUGUGCUUUAGGCCUUGAAUUCAUUUUUGCCUAAUAUUAAAAUCUGGCCCCAGCUUUCUUUCUGUUAGCAUUUUCUGAUGUAUCUUUGACCUCCAUUUUACUUUUAAUAAUCUGAUGAAAUUUUGUUUUAGAUAGUUUCCUUGGUACCAGCACCUCAUUGGAUUUUGGAUUUUGACCCAUUUUCCAGGUCUAUUUUUCAAUUGGAAACUUUCACACAUUUGCAUGGGAAUGUGUUCAUUCCAUGUUGUAAAGUGAAACAUAACAGGUUAUGGCAAAGCAGCAUAUUUAAUAUCAGCUCACAUAUAUAGGAUAAAAUUCCAAACUUUG